ACUAACAGCACUCGUUUAGUUAUACUGGACAUAAGAGAGCAAUUUAUAAACACAACCCUACGAAACAUUUAACCGGUUUUCCCAUUGCUGCUGGAAGAGUGGAGCGCAAAAGUCCUGUCUUGAUUACCCAUGGCUGGAUUAUGAGUUCUGCAGGAUCAAGAAUAGUGGAGACCCCCACAGGCCUGAACUAGCCUCCACUCUCCGAAACAUUAUGGCCACAGCCCAACCAUACUGGGAUCAACACCAUGACCAUGACACCAUGGAUAAGCUGUUUUUUGGAUUUGGUUCCGAGUCCAUGGAUCACAGCUUGAGAAUGUAUCAGCAAAACUCUGCAAACGUGGGCUUUGAAAGAAGGACGUCUGGCUCCAGUUCUCCUCCGUGUUUGUCUCCCAAGACUCCAAAUCCUACACAGCUGCUGUUUCCCUUCCAGUGCCACCCACCAGAGGAAGACCAGGUGGUUCCGUCCUUACAAAAACUGUCUGUUUAUGAGCACAUACCCCCUUGUUCGCCCAGGAGAACAACUAAGCCCCUCCCGCCCCUCCCGGACAUAGGCGACCUGUCAUCUGAUGAAGCAGAAGACAAUGAAGUGGAGUUUUUCUCCAGCACCUCUGAGAGCCAGUGUCUGGUGCCUAAAACCUCAACCUUCCAGUACGGCUUGCCGGGGAGGCGCAGUUUUCGGCGAAACGGUCAGGUAAACUUUGCGUAUUGCGAAGGGCUACAAGAACAUCAGAAACUUUGCGGGGUGAAGCCUCAGUGGGAGCAGGCGGUAAGGCAGAACCAAGACAGACACCAACGCCGGCUACAUCGGUCCCAUUCCGGCCCUGCCGGAUCCUUCAAGGCCACCAACUUCAGGCCAACCAGCAUUCACCAUUCUCCCCACAGCCUCCCACAGGAGAAACCCGAAGUCCCACCUCGCGUUCCAAUCCGCGCUCGCCUCAGCGAGAGCACGGACUGCAGGCAGCCAUCAUCCGAUGACUUUGAUAUGGACAAACCCCCUAAAGUUCCACCCAGGGAGCCCAUCCCUCAGGUCAUACCACGUGCCAUUAGUCCAAAAAGUCUCCCGAUUUACAUCAACGGGGUAAUGCCUCCUACUCAGAGCUUUGCGCCCUAUCCGGAGUAUGUCAGUAAGGCUCAACACAAGCAGAGCUGUGAGGGCUUGCCGGCUCCUCGCAGCCCCUGUAUUCUGCCCAUCAUGGAAGAUGGGAAGAAAGUCAGCAGCACACAUUACUUCCUCCUCCCUCGUCGACCCGGGUACUUGGACAAGUUUGAGAGGUUUUUUAAAGAGCCGGACUCGUAGUGAUUAUUAGGGAUUGAGCGGUUAGAAUCUGAAAUUAUUGCCUUGUUUAAAGUGGAAAUAAGGACGACCGGAUAUAAACUGAUAUGUUGUUUGAUUGAACUGAUUCUUCAGUGUUCUGAAUUACUGGUCUGUUUAGGGGUUGGACAGUAUGUCCUCGGACUACACGCAGAGAAAAACAA